AUGCGCAUUUCGAUCACUAAUCAUCUAAUCACACGAGUCACGAAGCCUCUCUCCUCGAAAUGUCCCCAAUAAUGUCAAUAUUAUCAAUUAUUAAGGUGCAAUUAACGAUAAACAAGAUAUACCGUAGGUUAUAGCCGGUAUCUCUGCCAGCAUAUCUCAGGAUGGUUGGAUACACGCCCUCUGCCUCUGCAGAGAUUGACAAGGGACAGCACCGGCAACUGACGAAGGUUGACUACGGAUUUGCAGGAGCAGCUAGCGGGGCCUUCACCCGUGCCUGUUUGCAACCUCUCGAUGUGCUAAAAAUUCGAUUUCAGCUUCAAGAGGAGCCAAUGAAAAGGGGUGUUUCCACUGCCAAGUACAAUUCUAUCUUACAAGCUGUUGGUUCUAUUAUCAAAGAAGAAGGGCCACAAUCCUUAUGGAAGGGCCACGUACCUGCCCAAGCCCUCUCUAUAAUUUAUGGUAUUGCUCAGUUUGUAACAUUUGAAGGGCUGACGUACAUGGCCUACCCUCUGCUUCCUGAGGAGUUGACAACCGGUGUGUACAAACCAGUCUAUCACUUUGUGUGUGGGGGAGUGUCUGGGUGUGUGGCCACCCUUGUGUCACUCCCUGUGGAUGUUCUCAGGACAAGAUUAGUAUCUCAGGGGGAACCAAAAAUUUACAAAUCGAUAUCCCAUGCUCUGCGCUCAAUGUACAUGGAAGCUGGGAUACGGACAUUCUACAAGGGUCUUACUCCAACAAUGAUACUGCUCUUCCCUCAAACUGGAUUUCAGUUUGGUUUCUACGCUCUUUUCACAAGGAUUUGGAAGAGAGCACAGGAUAUGACUGAUUUUCAUCAGCUUAGUGGUUUCCAGUCCCUGCUCUGCGGUGGUCUUGCCGGUGUGUGUGCCAAGUCGGGGGUCUACCCAUUGGAUGUCAUCAAGAAGAGGCUGCAGGUUCAAGGGUUCGAAGAGGCCCGUCGACCCUUCGGUCGGGUCACCCACUACAGCGGGUUCCUGCAUUGCACCACCACUAUAGCCAAACAGGAAGGGAUGAGGGGGCUCUUCAAGGGGCUCUCACCCAGUCUCCUAAAAGCAUUCUUCAGUGUAGGAUUGAACUUUGCUGCCUAUGAGAAAUGCUGUCAGUGGCUUGCUCGAGUUGACAGGUGACGGGACGUCACGUCUGAUACAGA